AUGGCCCAAGACAACAAGGACGAUAAUAAAGAUGAUGCUAAAAACAACGACCCAUCUGCUGUGCCCGCGCCUGCUGCUGAACCAACCGAUGCGAAAAACAGCGAUGCCGCGAAGCCCACUGAUGCCGCCGAGUCUGCCAAAGAGGCAAGUGACGAAAAGAAGCCUGAGCCUGCCAGCGAAACCAAGGACAGCGCAAAGCCUGCAUCAACUCUAGAGACGAAGAAGGAAGCCUCGAAAACAGAGGAGGAAGAUUCGGCUUCCACUGUGACAGGAGAGGGUCCGUCAAAAACUGAGGAUAUCCAAUCCAAAAUUACAGCCAUUGCCGAGACUGGUACCGACGAAGCCAUGCCUACAUUGACGAGGUAUAAGCCGAUUCCUACUUAUCCAGCUCCUUCCGUUCCACCCACAAACAACGCACCUUUUAUGCGGCACUCGAGCGCCCCUGACGGGACCGUCUUCAUCGCCGUAGGAGCUAUCCUAGGCGCGCUUGGCCUUGGCAUUCUUCUUUGGCGUCUUAUUGUUGGUAUUCUUCUGCAUCGAUCAGUGGACCGAGCUGCUAAAGCUCAGCACGAUGAAACCGCAAAGACAGCUUUCCCUGCACCUCCUGCGCCCUUUUACAAGUACACCGAUACCGGCUCUACUAUGUCGCUCUCGGCUGGACGUGGUGUACGACGAACUACUAGAGGACCUGUUCUCUCAUCAGCCCCCAGUGCCUCGAACCUGUUCUUCUCCCCCACAGCUGCGGCGUCAAGCAAUGGACCGGGCAACCGUGGCUCUGCUUUCCUACCUUCUGGUUUUUAUGCUGCCGGAACAAGCUCUCCUGGUGGCCAGCAUGAUCACAGCAUUAGCAUGACCAACCUUCGUCCUGAUUCUCGAGGCUACUUCGGUACUCCUACGCGACCCAGUCCCCCCGACUCACCAUCAUUCCAAGCUCGAAGAGACAUCAGCAACUCGACUCUCAACCUAAACCGGCCACCCAGUCAGCGCGCCCCCAGCGCUUUCCUUGAAGAUCUUCUCGCCGAUGAUCCUUCAAGUCUACCGCCUCCUCAUAUGCCUGGUGCAGCUGCCAGACGUUUAUCACAUGGCAGUGGCUCUCCGGGUGCACACAAUCGGAUUUAG